GCUCGACCCUGGAGUUACACAUUAAGUGCAGAGCAGCAGACACUCUGAAAAAGACGCCGUGGAGCCCUCGUUUAUUCAACAACCCACUUCAUUGGGGAGAAACCUUCGCUCCGCCAUGUAAUCGCCCUUGACUUUCGCUGUAUAGUUUAAUUUGGUCUUUCUUUUUUAUUUGAUUUUCUUCGUCAUAAGGACUCAGAGCAGGACGCGCAAUCAAGCGCCGCGCAGUCGUCCUGUCGAUUUGCCAGGAAUAAAACAUUCUCGUUUCCUGGUUCUGUCUCGUUUUUGGUACGAAGUCAGAAUCUGAGCUAGAGUAUAAAUAACCCAAGAACGACCAUCGCAUUGACCUCCAGCAGUAACCAUCACGGACCGACGAGAAGGAACUUUGGUUUAAACAUCAGCCUUUUUUGUUCGCACAUCAAAGAAGAAUCGAAAGGAAUUUGGUCACUUUUUGGAAUCGAAUCUGUUCAUCUUCACCUAUUUAAAACGGUUUUAGAGGCAGCCCCUUAACUAUGGGAUUUCAGAUCUACUGAGGGCACUUUCACAAAAGGAGGGAAGAGGGGCCGGCAUUGUGAACAAAAGGAAAGGAUUGAGCUUUUCAAAAGAGGAUCAGUUCUUUCUGACUCGGCGGGGUGCAUGCUGCCCCCUCAACUGGACAUCCUCUUUUGUGUGAGUGAGAAAAAUAAAAGCAGGCAUGCGCAAUAAACUAAGAGAGUUCCGGGAUGUGGGACGCCCCAUGCUGGGGCACAGGACUCUUGUGGUGCUGCUGGUAAUGAUGGGGCUGUUGGUACCGGAAAUGCUGGCAUCCUGGGACCAGAACCCAAUAGAAGUUCUUGGGGAAGUACGGCAACUUGAGGCGUCUAUGCAGUCGGCGGUGCUGUCAGAUCUCCGCGAGGCGGAAGCAGCAGUUGUGGCCAUGUCGCAGCCCAGCGGCCUGCCAGACUCCUCUGCAGUGGUGGGCAGGGUGUUCCAAAUGAGGUUGAAUAUCAAAGCCAAGGACUUCAAGAACAUAGUAAAGAUCACAGAAGCAAGCAAGGAUGCGCUCCCAGCAUGGUUGCAUUGGGAUGCAGAGAGCGGCACACUUCAAGGCCUUCCUCUAGAGACAGAUAAGGGCGUUCACUACAUAUCUGUUUCCAAUGAGAGUCAAGUCUCCCAAAGCUCAGAUGUGUUCUCCAUUGAGGUGCACCCAGAGGAGCAUGCUGAUACAGACCCUUUUCUGCUUGCAAUCCAAUCAACCAGCAAUGAUGUCCAACCUUUUAUUUGUGGCAAUGAGGAGCCCGUAACAGUACUCACUGUUAUUCUGGAUGCUGACCUCACAAAGAUGAGUUCCAAGCAGAGGGUUGAGCUACUUGCUAACAUGAAAAGGUUCUCUGGAAUGGGGCUUCAGCACAUGAAAAUUUUGCCUGUGGUAAACAACCGUUUGUUUGACAUGUCCGCUUUCAUGGCCGGCCCAGGAAAUGCCAAAAAGGUGGUUGAAAAUGGUGCACUUUUGUCCUGGAAACUUGGCUGCAGUCUGGAUCAAAGCAGCAUUCCUGAUAUCAGUAGUGUUCAAGUUCCAGCAAAAGAGGGGACCAUGUCCGAACAGUUAGGAUAUCCAGUGGUUGGAUGGCAUAUCGCUAACAAGAAGCCUCAUUUGCCCAAAAGGGUGCGAAGGCAGCUGAACAACACCCCCACCCCGAUACCGUCAUUACUCCCCCCAACAACUUACCCUGAGCCCCCCAUCCGUAUUGUUCCCACACCAACCUCACCUUCUAUAGCUCCUACCUCAGAUGGUUCUGCCCCACCUGUUCGUGGUCCUGUGCCACUGCCAAUGAAACCCACCAUUCGAACCCAAAAUCCAAUUGCCUACACUCCAACCUUAGGCCCACCUCAGCCUACGAGAAUAAUGGACUCCACCAGCACUAUUGCCAUCCAGCCCACCAUUACUAGGCCCAUUUAUGUUGGGCCCUCUGUGACCCCUGCAACACCCACCACCAGGAAACCAACAAGGAGACCUGGAAAAAAACAAAAGACAACCCCUAUACCAAGAGAACCGAAGACCACUACAACAACAAGACGCACCACUCCCUCAGUUGUGCUGCCUGAUGGCAAUAUUAAACCCCAGUUACGUAACCCAAUUGAUCAGGUGAAUGCUUAUGUUGGCACAUACUUUGAGGUAAAGGUUCCAUCGGAUACAUUUUUCGACAAAGAGGAUGGAACUACAGAUAAGUUGAGGCUAACUUUGCGCAAGGGCAAUGAUGUGGUUGGUGAUGACUCUUGGAUACAGUUCAAUAGUACAAGCCAGUUACUCUAUGGAUUACCAGACCAGGAACAUGAAGGAAAACACGAAUAUUUCAUGCAGGCAACUGACAAAGGAGGUCUCUAUGCAAUUGAUGCCUUCGAGGUCCGUGUCAAUCGUUGGGGAAACAACGUUAAGCCACCAGUGUUGUUUACAGCAGUAUUUGAUGGGGAUGCACAUACAGUGACCAAUGACAUUCAGAAGAAGAUCCUUCUUGUCAAGAAAUUGGCCCAAUCAUUCGGUGAUCGUAACAGCAGCACUGUUACAAUGAAGAACAUCAUCAAGGGCUCCAUCAUAGUGGAAUGGACUAACAACAGUCUUCAGCACAGCCCCUGUCCGAAAGAACAAAUACAGCAUUUGAGCAAAAGGAUCUCGGAUCAUGAGGGUAGACCCUCUUCACAGUUCAGAUAUGUCAUGGAACCAGACUUCAAGCCCUUAAAUAUCACCGUCAAAGGCACAGGAACAUGCCGUAACUACAUGUUUGUCCCGGCUGGUGAGAUUCCAGAUCCAACCCCCUCUUCUGUUACUCCUGCCAUAGGGGCUGGAAGACAGAGCACGGAUGAUGUGUACCUUCACACAGUCAUACCUGCUGUGGUGGUGGCAGCUAUUUUGCUGAUAGCAGGAAUCAUUGCUAUGAUCUGCUAUCGUAAGAAACGCAAGGGCAAGCUGACUAUCGAAGACCAGGCAACUUUCAUUAAGAAAGGAGUGCCCAUCAUUUUUGCGGAUGAGCUUGAUGACUCCAAGCCACCCCCUUCUUCCAGCAUGCCCCUUAUCCUUCAGGAGGAAAAACCUCCUCUUCCACCUCCAGAGUAUCCCAACAUGGCUAGUCCAGAGACAACACCUCUCAACCAGGACCUUUUGGGAGAGUAUACACCUCUACAUGAUGAGGAUCCUAACGCCCCUCCUUACCAGCCUCCACCACCCUUCUCUGUCCCAAUGGAGGGUAAAGGAUCUCGCCCCAAGAACAUGACCCCCUACAGAUCCCCACCCCCUUAUGUGCCACCCUAAUGUAUGCAGAACCCUCCGGAGCAGGAGGAUGAGGAACUUUGUAGUUCUGCACCAGUGUUGUCUCUUUGCAUUACAGGAUUUUUAAAGGGGAUGCUGCAAAUAAGGGUUUGGGGUUUGAAUGUGUUUUUGUUAAACAGGACACUUAAAGGAGUGGUGGGAGGUUGCGGGGGGUGGGGGGGUUGGAAAUGGAUGGCCUGCAAAGGACAGUAUGAACAACCUCAGCCUCUGACUACUCUGGUUAAUGCUAAAUGUUGGGGAUGUACCCUCCAGUCCUGGCGCUUUUGUGUCUAGAUGGGCUUUUUGACUAUUUUAUUUUAUUAUUUUCCCCUUUUUUUUUUUUCUUUUUUGACUCCGAAUCAAACUCCUUGCCUAACAGCACUCUUUCUACCUUCUGAAUUCAUUAAUCUUGAAUAAUAUAAGCAGACAAUAAAACUGACUGCAAGUGCAAAAGUUUUCAUAGAGAAAUCCAAUAACAGAGGGCGAAUAAAAGAAUGGCCUUGAGGGACUUGGACAGCCAUGCAGACAGUUUUGUGGGAUGUCGAUUCAUUAUGGUUUUGCCUUUUAACACGAAAUUAAACCGUUUUUUUAAUUGUUUUUCACAUGUCUAGUUAAAAUCAGUACAAGAGGUAGCCAAAACGAGAGAUUUGUUUAAUUCACUGUAUAUUUGAAAAUUGUUAUGCUAGAUCAUCUUCAUUUAAUUUUUAUUAUAAAAUUAUAUUUUUUACUUUUUUUUGAAGUAUUACACUGAAAUAAACUAUUUCCCACCCUUCAAUCAUGAAGAUACAAAAUUAUCUCACCACAAACAUAUCACCGUGUGUUCUGACUUGAGAUAUAUUUAUAAACUGACUUGAGAGAUAUUCUAUAUACUGUAGCCUCUCGCAAGCCACUUUAAACUUUUGGAGGAGGAGGUAGUCCCGUGAGUGUCGUCUAUGCAGAUUUUGCCUUUGACCUGACAGACUAGAGCCUGAAAUUGAUCAAACUUAAUUGUAUUUCCCAUAGGCUAUUAAGAAAUCGUGCAAUUUAAAUUGGAUGUACAAGUUCAUGGGGUCAUUGAAUCCUUAAGUCCUCAAGUCAGAACCACCUAUAUACUGUUUCACCAGUUAAACUCAAGCUACUGAUAGUCACUGAGAAUUGCUAAAUUUCAAAGACUCAGUUUAAGCAGCUCAAGCUUGACUUUCAGACGUUUUGUAGUAUGUUUUGUUUUCUUUUAUUAUUCUUUUUUUUUUUUUUUUUUUUUUUAAUAUAUAUGUCAGUGAUGAUUAUGGAGUAUAUGCCUUGGAUCCACUCAAAAUAAUUCAAAAUAAAGACUGAAGAUUUUGAAUAAGUCGACCCCAUUCUCUACACAGUGGCAUUGUUUAUUUAACGUCAUGUCAUAAAUAUAUAUUUGCAGUUGAAUGCCAUAUUUUGCCUUGGUGGUAUCGCAGCAAGUGUCUUCUGUACAUAUUAUUCUGCCUGUGGGUAUAUCUGUAUUUAUAUUCCAAAAGUAUGUAAAUCAGAUAUGAUAAAAAAAAAAAAAAAAUAGAUAAAAAAAUAUUUCUGUAUGUUUUAGAUGGGGUGAAUAUUUUUUUUAAUAUAGUUAUGGUUAUAAAAAUAAUAAUAAUAAAAAAAAUCAUAUUGAGCAAAAAUCUGCAGGAAAAAGAGGGUAAAAAUGAAGAACUGGACAAAAUCUAGAAAAGAACAUUCAAAAUUGAAUUUUUUACAAAGUUUUUGAUACAGCCUUGAAUUGUUUAUGAAGAACAGUAAAUAUAUAGUGUACUACAAUUUGUAAAACCAUAUUCUUGGUAAUCAAUGCAUUAUAUAGCUUUUCCUCAUGGGUCUUACUUUCAUGGAUGUUUUAUUUUUUUUAUGAACGAAGGCGGAUAGUGCUGCUUCUUGUAAAAGGCUAUUUUUUCUGAUUUGUUUUUAUGCUCAUUUGUUCUGAGUUUUGAGUUUUAAAUUCAGAAGUGACAAUUGCAAUAAUAAAGGUGUGACGUAGUCAUGGUUGGUCAGUAUGAAAAUAUGGUAGUGUGCAAGAUCUGUGUGAUACCACCUCAAGUCUGAGAACCCCUUGAAUCAGAUGUUUUGCUUCAGAGGAGGUUUUGUCUGGAUGUAUUUUCUGGUUGUAAUCAUAAUUCAUGUUUUAAUGCUUCCAUUUACCCUAUAUAAAUGUAUCAGACCUAAAUUGCCUUAGGUUGGGUUUGAUAUGUUUCUUUGGUACGUACCAACAGUUUGAAGAUUGAAAUGUCUUGCUAAAACCAGUAGGAUUGAGGUAUGAAGUAUUUUAUCAUGAGCCAUUAACAUUAAAAAUGCUGUUAUUUACUCACUCUUAUCAAAACCUGUAUGAUUUAUUUUCUUUCUUCCAUGGAACACAACAGUUAAACUUGAAGAAUAUUUUUGUCAGACUUUUCUGUAUAUUGAAUGUGAAUGAGGACUGGAUUUGACAAGAUCCAAACGAAGUAUCAUAAAAGCGGUCCAUAUGACAGUGGUAUAUAUACGAUGGUAUAAAAAGUGUGGUAUAUUAUUAGCCAUUUAAUAGCGUGUAAAAUUAAGCUGAGCUAGAUCUCCUUGGCGUGUUCAUGAGAGCAGCAGCAUUCAUGUUUGAUACAUGAAUGAAUCAGAUGAGUUGGAUCUUUUCAAUGAACCAAUUGAUCCAGUUCACAAAAGCCUUCUGAAUGAUUCGUUCACAAAUGUAACUCUUCUGGUCCUUGGGUUCAAUUCACGGACUCUUACAGUUCAGAGGAUGAUUAUAAGUGACUAAUGACUUAAAUUUCAGUCUGUUCCUAGCACAAAGCUAUCAUUUGACUUGGAAUAUAGCUGAGGGACAAGUUAUAUAUUAUUGUGCUUUGGUGAACGUUUUGAAGCUUGAAAGCCUCAGUGCCUGUUUGUUGAAAUUGAAUGGCAAAGAGCUAUUACAAAUGUUCAGAAUGUCUUAUUUUUCAUUCCAUGGAAGAUGGUCUUUGUUUGGCAAGACAUGGGGGUGAGUAAAUAAUAGAAUUUUCCUUUUUGGGUGAAUUGUCCCUUCAAAGACUUUCUUUAAGGGUGCUGGAUUCAUUUAUCAUUAUCUCAAACAUUCACUUCAUCUUGAAACAGCAUUUACAAACUACCCGGAGAACGCAAACCAAAAGAAGGAAUAAUUGCUUAACAUGGUUCUUUUCCGUGGCUUUUUUAAUGGUUUGUUUUGUGUUGCAUUGUUAAACUACAUUAUUUAUACAUCAUCAAUGUAGCACCGAGUCUGUUGCAGUACAACUUGCUUUCUCAUUAACACAAUUCUGAAUAAAUGUUUUUGUUUUGGGUGGAAAACCAAAGAUGCAGAUUAAGAAAUGGCUGUCAUUCCAUUGACCCUGCUGCUUUACAAAUUUCACAUUUGUAUUUUCAUUCUUCACUUACCAUGUCAAAUAAAAUAAAUGACCGAUAUCAAAUGUAACCAUAGAUAUCCCUCUAACCUCUUCAAGAACGUUUCCUGUAGACCACAAGCUCUGUGUUGUCAAAGUUACGGAGCAUAUAAUUACAUCUGUCUAUUCUGUAUGGCUAUUUUAAACCAUCCCUAAAAUGAGAAUUGAUUUAAUCCAACCUGAUCAGAAUGUUGUCGAAUCAAAUCAGCUUUACAGUUAUGUAAUUGAGCAAGACCGAAUCAUUUCUAUAACGUUUUAUGCUCGUUUUUCAUUUGUAACAUUUUGUCCAAGUUUUAACCAUGUUACAAGUUCUGCAAGCUGUAUUGCAAAGAAAAGUCAAACUGGCAAAAUAUUGAAUUUGAUCUGUUAAGUAAUGAAUUUAUAAAGGUGCUGACAUUGACCUUGGGGCCAGGUGUGAAAGUGAUACAGAAAAUGAGACACUUUUAUGCUCUCCGAGGUCUGACAAAUUGAGAAGUUACAGUGAGAACACGCAGGCUAGUACAGAAUACUACACAAACGUAAUGACGAAAAUGCUUCAGUCAAUCUCUUUCAUGUUAAACAGCGUUGGUUAAUUUAUGCCACCAGACACUGUAUGUUCGAAUCUUGUAUUAAAAACUG